AUGGAAAUGUUUCGUUUGGUAAGGCAAUGGCUACUGCCACUUAAAUCGAUGACAAGCAAGUCAAAUUGUGCUGCAGUUGAUCUAGAUAAAUGCUAUGCACAAAUGAAUCAACUGGUUGAUAAGGCGGCUAAGCUCAUGAAGGAAGCCAGUACGAAGAUGCGAUUGUAUGACACCAAAGGGAAUAAUACCGCAGAUCUGGUCACGGCUACAGAUCGCGAAAUUGAGCAGCUGCUCAUCAAGGGCUUAAUGGAGCAUUUCCCCGAUCAUGUCUACAUAGGCGAGGAGGGAACUGGCGGUGCAGCAACGGGUCGUAAAUUGACCGAUGCGCCCACCUGGAUCAUCGAUCCUAUUGAUGGUACUACGAACUUUGUGCAUGGCUUGCACUACACUUGUAUAUCGGUGGGAUUCUGGCUGAAUAAGCAACCAGAGUUGGCCAUUUGCUGUAAUCCUAUGAUUGGACAGAAAUUCACCGCACGUCGCAAUUGUGGUGCUUAUAUGAAUGGCGUUCAAAUUGAGGCAAGUGGACAAACCGAACUGGAGAAGUCCAUCAUAUUGAAUGAAUUGAAUUCGGCGAAUUUUGAGCCUGAGCUAAUGGCCAUACAAAUGGGAAAUUCACAGAAAAUGCUGGAGAAGGCGCAUGCACUGCGAACCACGGGCUCAGCUGCCAUGGAUUUGUGCCUUGUGGCCAUGGGUGCUGCUGAUGGUUACUACGAGUUCUAUCCGCAUUGCUGGGACACAGCUGCCGGGGUGUUGCUUGUGCGUGAAGCCGGAGGUGUUGUCAUCGAUCCGGCUGGCGGGGAAUUCGAUGUGAUGGGCAGACGUGUGCUGGCCGCUGCCACCCCGCAGCUGGGUGAGCAAAUGGUGAAGCUGCUGGGCGACAUGCAGAUCUAUCAUGCCAGAGAUGAUGAGCCUGCUUCAACAAACUAAAUCAUAGUAGUCAAUUUUUCAAAUGUUACAUUCAUUGGGAAAUAAAUUUUAGUCAGCGUUUCGGCUGAUCUUCAAUAGUAA